AUGAGGUAGAUCCUAAGUAUCUCUAAAACAACAAUAAGCUGUUUCAAGAUUAGAAUAAUAGUCAAUACUUAUAUAAUAAUGAGGACACUAGCUAAAAUUAAAAUAUUAUAUUUGAUGAUCUUUAACCAUACUAGUACUAUGAAGAAAUAUUAAAACAUGCACUAGAUCCUCAAAAUCAUAAUUUAAUUUAAGAAGAUGAAACAAAUUAUAGUUUUUCCAAAGGAGAUUUGUAAUAAAAUAAACAAGAUACUCAAAGCUAUGAAAAUUGCUAAAAUAAUUUAAAUAUUUAAAUAUUUGAAAUUCAAUAAAAUGCUUCACAUACUAAUAAUGAUAAAUUAUCUGAAGAGAAAUUAUUAAGUAAUAAUUAACCUACUUUGGAGGAGAUUAAAUAAAUAUAAAAUAUAUAGUAAAAACAAGAUUUUUAAAAAGCUGUUAAGAAUCUUUCUAAGCUGUUUUAUAUAGACAUAACACCUAUUUUACAUCCUUAUGGACUGA